GAUUACUGGAUCCCCCAGGCCCAUCGCGUUUGGGAAUGAGAAAAUCAAAGAAAUAGUAAAUAAGGAGAAGGAUCUAGGAGCUCACUUGGUUAUGCUCAUGCUGCAGCCGUUUUAUGGCGUCUCCAAUGCUGGCCACCUAUCUCUGCUGAUCUGGUGAAACAUCGUGAAUUUGUCAAAAUGGGUAUUUUGAGUCGCCUCGAAGUCGAGAAUUUCAAAUCCUAUAAGGGAUCUAUGGUCAUCGGGCCUCUGUCGCCGUUUACAGCUGUAAUUGGACCAAAUGGCUGCGGCAAGUCGAACUUGAUGGAUGCCAUCAGCUUCGUGCUGGGUGAAAAGACCGUGUCACUUCGUGUCAAGCAUGUUAAGGAUCUUAUUCACGGUGCGCCGAUUGGAAAGCCAGUUGCCAAUCGUGCAAUGGUGACAGCGGUGUACAAGCAAGAUUCUGGAGAGGAGCUCCUUUUUACCAGAACCAUUGUAGCAUCAAGUAACUCGACAGAGUACCGUUUGAACAAGAAGCAAGUGACUUAUGCCCAGUAUGCUGCGAAGCUUGAAAGCUUAAACAUCCUCAUCAAGGCCAAGAACUUUUUGGUGUUCCAGGGUGCUGUGGAGUCCAUUGCCAUGAAGACGCCGAAGGAACGCACGGCCAUGUUUGAGCAGAUUAGCCGCUCCAACGAACUCGCCGAAGAGUACGAGCAGAAACGCCUCGCUAUGAUCAAGGCUGAGGAGGAAACUGCUUUCGCGCUGCAACGGAAAAAUGCAUUCCGAGCGGAGAAACGCGAGGCCAAACACGAGAAAGAGGAAGCCGAGCAGUUCCGAAAACUCCAUGCUGAUGUGGAAAAGGCACGCGUUGAGCUGGAGUUGUUCAGGCUGUUUCGGAACGACCGUGAGCUGUCCUCACUUCAAAAGAACAUGACUGAUCUGCAGCAUGACUCGGAACGACAGACGGACAAAGGGAAAGCGAUAGAGCAGCAGCUGAAGGCCAAGAAGCAGGAGUUGGCGAAACGAGGACGUGAAUUUGCCACUCUCGAAAAGCAAAUCAAGGAUCUGGAAGCGGAGCUCAGCAAGAAGCGACCAUUGUUUAUCAAAGCUAAGGAGAAGACGAGCCAUUUAGUCAAACGACUGGAUCAAACAAAGAAAUCGUUGAAGAAAAUGGAAGAGUCAUACAAUAAACACCAGCAGGAGAUUUCUAAUUUGGAGAGUGACCUGAAGAAAGUUGAGCGCUCUGCACAACAAUAUGAGGAGGAAGUUGCUGAGGAGAGCCAAAGCCAAGGCCAAGACUUGCAGCUCAUGGAAUCUCAGUUGAAAGAGUAUCAUAAACUGAAGGAAGAUGUCCGCAAGCAGACCGCCGCCAUUCGCCAAGAACUGGAAUCGAUUUUACGUGAGCAGCGUGUGGAUGAAAGUGCUUUGCUACGCUGUGAGCAGAAAGGCAAGGAUCUUCAUGACCGACGGGACCAACUUGGCGAACUAAAGAUUCAAUUGCAGGAGCGUGUUGACAAGCUGGACGGCUAUAUCAGCACCAACGUGGAAACUGUCAGCAAACUGCAGAAGGACCAUGCAACACUGGAUACAGAUCUUCGACAAGCUACUGAACGCCACCAGCAACUGAACGUGGAGCUUGAGAAAAUCCAGGAUGAGUUGAGAGAUGCGCGUGUGGACAAGCACGAGAGUGCUCGCCAUCAGCGAAGAAACGAACUACUGGAUGGUAUGAAGAGGCAUUUUACAGGAGUGCAUGGCCGGCUGAUUGAUCUGUGCCAGCCAUCACACAAGCGAUACACCAUUGCUGUAACGAAGGUUCUUGGCAAGGAUAUGGAUGCAGUCGUUGUGGACCACGAGAAGACGGCCAGAGACUGUAUACAGUACUUGAAGGAACAGCACGGAGAGCCUAUCACCUUCUUGCCUCUGGAUCACAUUCAAGUCAAGAAUGUCAAUGAGAGACUUCGUGAGAUUGGUGGUACUGCUAAACUUGUGUUGGAUGUCAUGCAGUAUGACCCACCCAGCGUCAAGAAAGCACUGCAGUAUGCCUGCGGCAAUGCUGUGGUAUGCGACACCAUGGAGGAGGCCAGGCGGCUUGCUUACUCGGGUGAUGAACGUCUGAAGACUGUCUCUUUGGAUGGAACGUUGUUCAACAAGUCUGGAACCAUUUCUGGAGGAGCAAGUGAUCUGAAGGCCAAAGCAAGACGUUGGGACGAGAAGCAAGUUGAUGGGCUGAAGAAGAAGAGAGACGAGUAUCUGGAUGAGUUGAAGGAGCUUGCCAAGCAAAGACGAAGGGAGCCGGAACUGCAGAAUCUUCAGUCACAAAUCAGUGGCUUGGAAACACGUCUGAAGUACAGUCGGCGGGAUCGCGAAACUAUGGUCAAUAACACGUUGGUGGAUAAUGCAAAGGAAAGUGGUGCGAUCGACAGAGAACUUUCUUCUCUAAAGCCUGAAAUGGAUACCAUUCAGCACCGCAUCAAUGAUCGCAAGAAGAAGAUCAAGGCAACAGAAGAGAGUGUCAACAAAGUGGAGGACAAGGUCUUUAGAAACUUCUGCAAUCAGAUUGGCGUCUCCAAUAUCCGGCAAUAUGAGGAGAAGCAACUCAAGCAGCAGCAGGAUCGCUCAGGCAGGCGUUUGGAGUUUGCUAACCAGGUGUCCAAGCUUCAAAAUCAGCUGGCUUAUGAGCGCAAGCGUGAUGUGAGCGGAAAUUUGAAGAAGCUCGAGGCUAGCAUCAGGAGCGAUGAAGCUGAUAUCGAAAAGCUGCGGAAAGAGGAGGAAACACAGUUGAGGGUGAUUGAUGCAACAACGGCGAAACUGGACGCAUGCAGAGGGGAGCUGAACACGAAGAAGCAGUCCGGUGGCGAUCAGGAUGGUGAGCUGAAAGAUAUCAAGACGCAGUUGACACAGAACCUGAAAACGCUGUCCGACCUUGGAAAGCAAAUCUCAGCCCUGGAAGGCAAGAUUGAACAAUGCCAGCAGGAGCGACACACUCUGCUCAGAGAUUGCAAAAUGGCCGAUGUUAAUCUACCAUUGGAACGAGGAUCCAUGGCAGACAUUGCGGAUCCACCGAGCAGCAGUCAGCCCAACACGGAGAGCAGUAGUCAGAUGGAGACAGACGACCCAGAGCAAGCUCAUGAACGUGAGUCCAAUCUUGUGGUGAAUUUCUCCGGCCUACCCAGUCGUAUAAAGAAAGCCGAUUCAUCGGAGCAUGGGGCCAUUCAGGCCGAACUCAACACUGCCCUGACAGACCUGCAGUCGAAGAUGCAGCGCAUGUCAGCACCGAACAUGCGUGCAGUGGAUAGGCUGGACGAUCUACAAGGCAAGCUCUCUGAAUCCACGGAAGAGUUUGAGGCGCUGCGAAGGGCCGCACGACGAACACGAGAAGAAUUUGAGAAUGUCAAGCGGCAACGGUUUGAUCGUUUCAAUGAUGCCUUCCAGCAUGUGGCACAGCAUAUUGAUGAAAUCUACAAGAAAUUGUCCCACACGAACAGCGCACAGGCUUUCCUUGGCCCCCAGAAUGCUGAGGAGCCCUACUUGAGUGGAAUUGACUAUAACUGCAUUGCCCCCGGAAAGCGCUUCGGUCCAAUGGACAAUUUAUCUGGCGGAGAGAAAACAGUCGCUGCCCUUGCCCUUCUCUUCGCUAUUCAUAGCUACCAGCCAGCACCGUUCUUCGUGCUAGAUGAGAUUGACGCUGCCUUGGACAAUACUAACAUUGGCAAGGUCAGUCGCUACAUCAGCAGCCAGACCAAAGACCAGUUCCAGUGCAUUGUCAUCUCAUUGAAGGAAGACUUCUUUGCUACAGCGGACCUCUUGGUUGGAAUUACUGCUCGGCCCGGUGAUUGUCCAGUCACGCAGGUGGUAACUGUUGAUCUAUCCCAAUACGAAGAUCACGGCGCUGCUGCUGCUAGCGGUGGAGCAGCUGCUGCUGCUGCUCCCAGGACGCGGGCACCAGUGCACGACAGCGACGGCGACCUCGCUGCCGAGGAAUAGGCCAUCCUUGCCUGCCCACGCUCCUGUCAUCUAGGCACAGACCUGCAUGUCCCGUGGUGCCUUUUUGCAAAGAGGCGUGCAUGCAUCACACAUGAUGUGUUCAUGAAAAUUAAUGAAAUCUACCCCCAUUUAAUUAUCGAAAUGUGUUGCCGAUUAUUGCCUUGCCUAUCACUUCACUAGGUGCUUGAUGCUCGAUUUUUGCCUUGCUUCCAACCUGUUCCUUAUCUACAUGACUGUGUACCAACUGCUCACAUGACAAAAUUAACAUACAUCGUACUGAAGAAAACUACUGCAUGUCUCCUGCACAAUAUCGUAACAUGUUUAGGUCAUCCAUGUGUUUUUUAUGCGCUUUAGCUGUAGAGAUAGCUAUAUAGGUCGUUGUUAUGGAGAGUGUAUUAGUAUGAUUGUACAGUAUUGAUACUUGCUUUCCACAUGCCAUGUUCGUGUACUCGGUUGGUCCUCAUUUAGUGCUGCAUUUACCUGCUACCUACCUACCCUCUAGCCUAGGUGCUCUGCUGAGCUGUGCCCUGCUGUUUUCUAUUGCAUUGUGUUCUUGGUCCACAUUCGUCUUUGAUCAUCUACCACUGUUUCCUUGUGUCCCGAACGCUCCCCAGUAUUCCAAGUUUCUCUGUCCGUGGUACUGUACUAGAGUAAUUAUUGUUGCUCCCUUUGACGUCUUUGUUUGGUAUGAAAGCAAGCACAAGUCGCUUCUAG